CCCGCGCUGUCCCCACGCUGUCCCCGCGCUGUCCCCGCAGCCGAGGCUGGCAGCUGCCUGCAGGACGGGCACCGCUACAGCGACAAGGACGUGUGGAAGCCGGAGCCGUGCCAGAUCUGCGUGUGCGACACGGGGACGGUGCUGUGCGACGAAAUCAUCUGCGAGGAGAUGCGGGACUGCCCCAGCCCCGAGAUCCCCUUCGGAGAAUGCUGCCCCAUUUGCCCCACCGAGCAGCCCAGCGGACAGCCCGGCCCCAAGGGACAGAAAGGUGAACCUGGUGACAUCAAAGAUGUGAUGUCCAUCCCAGUGUCCACCCCAGUGUCCACCCCCAUCCCAGUGUCCAUCCCAGGUCCGAUGGGUCCCCGGGGGCCUCCGGGACCUCCUGGCAAACCCGGUGACGACGGCGAGACGGGCAAACCCGGGAAAUCCGGCGAGCGCGGCCCCCCCGGCCCCCAGGGCGCCCGAGGCUUCCCCGGCACCCCCGGCCUGCCCGGAGUCAAAGGCCACCGGGGCUACCCCGGCCUGGACGGCGCCACGUGUCACCCGCGGUGUCACCCGCGGUGUCACCUCUGUGUCACCCUCUGUGUCACCCUCUGUGCCAUCCUCUGUGUCACCCGCGGUGUCACCCGCGGUGUCACCCUCUGUGCCAUCCUCUGUGUCACCCUCUGUGUCACCCUCUGUGCCAUCCUCUGCGUCACCCGCGGUGUCACCCGCUGUGCCACCCUCUGUGGCGCUCGUGGCAAUGACGGCCUCCCCGGCCCGGCCGGACCCCCUGGUCCCGUCGGCCCCGCAGGAGCCCCCGGCUUCCCCGGCGCCCCCGGCUCCAAGGGUGAAGCGGGUCCCACCGGAGCGCGCGGACCCGAGGGUGUGCAGGGGCCCCGUGGAGAAUCCGGGACCCCCGGCUCGCCCGGCCCCGCCGGCGCCCCCGGGAACCCCGGAACCGACGGCAUCCCCGGAGCGAAGGGAUCGGCGGGCGCUCCCGGCAUCGCCGGCGCUCCAGGAUUCCCCGGCCCCCGCGGCCCGCCCGGACCCCAGGGAGCCACCGGCCCGCCGGGGGGACAGACGGUGAGAGACCCCCGAGAGACCCCCGAGAGACCCCCGAGAGACCCCCGAGGUGCCCGCGGGGAGCCGGCCCCGCCCCCGCCCCGGACACUGACCACACCACGCGCGGUGACCACGCCCACUUACCCGCGGGUGGCCACGCCCCUUAUGGCCCAGGCCACGCCCCUUCACACCUUCCUCCUCUGGGGCGAGCCCGGCAUCGCGGGAUUCAAAGGCGAGCAGGGACCCAAGGGAGAGACGGCCCCUCGAGGGGCAGCGUCCCCCUCCCGCGGGGGGACGGUGGCCGGGGGGACGGUGGGGACAGUGGGACAAUGGCCGCAGUGUUCGGUGUCCCCCCUUGGGGACGCUCCCCCCCCUUGGGGACAUUCCCCCCUCGCCUCAUUAACCACCAUCAAUGGGGCCCUGCCGAGCCCGGCGCCGGCGGGGACACGAGGGGGACACCAGGGGGACUCGGAUUUAUGGGAUUUGUCCCCGGGGGGGGUCUCACAGGCCGCCCCGGGGACGCCGGGCCCCAAGGCAAAGUCGGCCCCACAGUGA